AACAACAUGACUGUGACUGUGUUUACGCCACUUCCUCUUUUAUACUUCAUAUUUUGCCAAUCCAUUUUUCCUUCAGACGCCACAUCUCAUAGCAGCAAUGAAGUUUGGCACCGAGUGCCUCAUUGGGCCCGUCAGGGCAGCGUGCUCCAGGGAGUCAGUGAAGUCCUCCUUGUCCUACCUGUGGGAUGUUUACUCCUCAGCCGAGCCCGUGGGCCGACACCUCUGGACCCUGAUGUGCCUUUGUCUCACACUGGCUGCUGUUACUGGCACUCUGCUCCACCACUGGCUCUCCAAAACAUUGCAAUAUGACCACGACGCAUCCAUUCACACAGCGCUGGCCUACAGCGUGGCUAUGUCACUGGCCUCAUUCCUGUGUCACCCUCUGCGCUGUGUGCUGACCAUGAGCCUGCCCACCGUCUGCACCAGGCAAGGCGGCAAGCUCCUCGUCUCGGCCGCGGUCGUGAUUCUGAUGUCGAACGUCAUCCCGAACAUCGGCGUGAAUGUCGGCGCGGUCGUGCGCACCCUGAAGUGCACCGCCGAGGGGUUCUCCGAGACCUUGUUGAACUCUUCAGAGCUUUUAAACACAGCGAGGCAGCAAAUUGUCAAGGAAGCCAUUAAAGUGAGGAAGGAGGACCUGAGCAUUGUCACCAACUUAAGGAAGUUGGAGCACUUCACACGAGUGGAUGUGUCCGAGGUGAAAAGCAGGUUUACGAAGAUGAUUGGACAAGUAGAAAUCCACUUUUCCCAUAUGAGGACCAUGAUAACACAAUACAAACUACUGUCCAACAGAAUUCUGGCAGCCGUCUUCGUUGCUGUGCUCAUUUUGGAAUCCGCGUGCUACCUGAAAUCGUAUUUGACACACGUUCGAUUUGAUAAUCGCUCCAUCUACAAAGAGCGGCUCGGGCCACAUGAAGCUCACGCCGCCCCCGAAAGUUCUCCCGCUUUGUUCGGAAAAUGUCAAAUCUUGUGUGGGGCGUGCAGCCCCAGUGCCAUAUCACUAUUGGUGGUGACAUUCUAUUUCACUGCAAUAGCUUUAAUAGCAGCCUUGGACCAUGUGGUGUAUCAUGUCAUUCAAGUCAUUCUUCCAUGGCUGCUGGACUUUCCGCCCAUGUCUGCCAGCAUCAGCGUCAGCUACAAGGUUCAAUGGUUUCCACCAGCGUUUUGCAUCAUCCCGCAAUCCUGCAUCGCACGCCAGCUGACGGACUUCCGCAAGGAGUACAAGUGGAACUUCAGCCCCAAAACCUCGCUGUGCGAUGCCGCAACUUCAGCUCCCAACGCAGGUGUGAGCACACUGCUGGGAUGUCUGUGGCUGACGAGCUAUGUGCUGGUGUUCCUUGAGGUGUACGCCGCACGGCUACGUAGGAACAUCUGUGCGUCUUUCUUCAAAAAGCAGGAAGAGAUGAGACUGGCUUACAGGGUCUCGAAAGGCAGAGUAAGGCCGGACGCACAGGAGCCACAAGAGACCGUUUUAGUUGUCUGCAGAUGACGGUCGCAGUGUUCGCUUUGAUGCCGCUGUACCUCGUUCCUUGACAUUGACGAUUUCAAUCGACAGGUCAACUGUAAAACUUUCACUUCAUGGCUUUAGCAUUUAACAUUUUUGUACUGUGCACAAGCUGCGCGGCACAACACUCAAAGCAGUUAAACAUUGGCCCAUUUUGUAUCAAUAUAUAUAUAUGAGUCUCGCCACUACUCCAGUUAGUUUCUCGUUAGCUUCCAGCGCCACUAGAUGUCAUUAUGGUGCUUUGGGCUGAUUUAUCCAAUCACUAUCGCUCGUUCAACUCCUGAGGAACGUAUUUCGGAGUUGUGUAAAUAUUCUUUGAGGGCAUCAAUAAUGCUCUGUUCUAUUUGCAUCACUAUCAAAAAGGACA